GUUGUGAUUCAACCAUGUUACCUAAAUUUACCUAUACAGUUCCUUAAUCAUAUCUUUCUUUUAGAACAAGGCCUAACCAUGGGAGCAGGAAGUAGCAGCGGAGGGAAGAAGGGAGAACUGCUGGAAACUAUGGCAGAUCAUGAUGAGAGUAUAAACUGCAUGGUUCUUAGUGAGGACGGUAGCAUGCUGGUCACAGGGAGCGAGGACAGUACAGCCAGGAUGUGGUCUACUAAAACUGAGGAUACAGAAUGUCUGGGGGUUUUACGCGGACAUUCCAGUUAUAUCAACGCUGUUGGGACAUUUGACACAUUUGUUAUCACCGGAAGUGCAGAUUCGACAAUCCGGAAAUGGGAUAUGACCACGUGCGAGUGUCUUUUUGUGUACGAGGGACAUACGUCUAGGAUUCAAAAGAUACUUCUAACUGGAGAUUUUAUUUUCUCCUCCUCCUUUGAUAAAACAGCAAGAGCCUGGCUCUUCGAUACUUCAGAGAUACAGGACGGAGAAGAGGAUUUAAGUUCCUUUAACAUAAAUAUAAUUAUAACUUUAUCUGCUUUAUUUGAAAAUAAUAUAUCUAAAAAUGUCCAGGGCCACGGCAAGGGAGUUUAUCCUUUGAUCUAUAUCCCUGUAGGGGAUCAAGAUUCAGGUCCUACAAUAAACCCAGGAGAUAUUCUUCUGACCGGGAGUGCUGAUAUGACAGCCAGGAGCUGGUCAAUCGAGUCUGGAGGAACCCUGAAACAGUUCCGUGGACACAAUGGUGCUGUUACAGCAAUGGCGACUGAUUCGACUGGCAGGUUAGAUUUUAUUACAGAACAAACUAAUUAA